AUGCGAUUAUCAAUUGUUUUACUUAAACAAGUUUCACAAUUUCGAUUUACUAAUUAUUUGCCAACACGACGUAUUCCAGGAAAUGUAUUGAUUGGAAAACAUCGAGUUCGACGUACAUUAGGUCAGGGUGAAAAACGUGAUAUGCAACAACGAAUUGAAAUUGAAUUAGAAAAUAUGGUUUAUCUUAAUCGACCAUAUCUUACUGAAGAAGAAGAUAAUCUUUAUGAACAAGAUCCAAUACGUAAAGAACGUGAAGAAAAAGCUUUAGCAUUAAAACGACGACAAGAAGAAAUACCUGAACAUAUUUAUUUAAAACGUGAUUUGUUAGAUCGUGUAUCUUGGUAUAAAAAAUGGGAAUAA